UCCCUCUCCCCAGCAUGUUUCCCAAAGCUGCACAUGGUUACUGUCCAAGGUAUUACUUUCCUAUGGGUCUCUAGCAAAGAGGCAGCAUGUUGUAGAGUGGUGUUGCAUGCUGUGCCCACAAGGGUUCUCAACAUCGGAUUGGUCUGCGGAUCUACUGAUAUAUUUGGUGUAAACAAAUCAGUAUGCUUCUUGAUUGAUGCUCUGGAUCUUGACUUUGAUUUUCAUCCCAAGUCUGAACAGAUAACAGAAUCAACAUGAAAGAUAGUUAUUGUGGCUACGAAAACCAGCUUUUUAAUGAGGAGGACUUAACUGGAGAAGAAGAGGAAAUUCCUCCCUUGAGAGGAAGAGCAAGAGGAGGAUGUAUGAAAUGUCAGCAGACACAUUCUCUUCAACUAGCUGUCAAAAUGCUCUAUGGCUUUUUAGCUUUGCUCAUCAUUGCAGUGGCUGUCUUGGCAUCCCUUGUUUUCAGGAGAGUUGACAGCUUGUAUGAAGAUGAAUCAUUUUACCACAAACAGAUUUCCAAAGUAGAGGAGAGUGUUAAAGAUAUCCGAACCGCAAGCAACUAUUCCAACUGCUUAGAUGUGGCACAGUUUCAAGAGGAGAUUGCCAGAUUGAAGAAAGAGUUUGAAGAAAUCCAGAAGACUGUACUCAGUCAAGAGCAACAGAUGGGUGAGGCGACCCAAUCCCAGCAAAGUCUCACACAGUCCAGCAAAAGAAUGGCAAGAGACCUCCAAGCCUUAGGAAUGAUCAUCAAGAGUGUGAACCAGUCUCUGAGCCAGUACCUAAAUCAAGUAUCUGGCUGGCAGGUUGUAAUUAAUGAAACCGAUCAUGGGAUGAAAACCCUUGUUGAGGAUCAACAUGAUUUGAAGGCCACAAUGCAACAAGUCAACACAACUGUCGCCCUUAGUGGAUUGUGGAUAGGUGCUCUUCAGAGAAAAGCAGAAGAGGAGACCUUGGUGCUCCAAAAAAUAACAGCAGACUGGCAGAAUUACAGCAGAGCUUUAAGCACCCUGAAGACUAAUACAAGCAUAACCAUGCAGAAUCUGAGGGUUGUUCAAAGUAGUGUCUCUGCCACUAAUCAACGUAUCAGUUUGAGUUCAGAGAUGGUGCAUGACCUCACUCUGCACGUCAUGAACCUUCAGAUGCAACUAGACAAUGUUUCGUCUUACAUUGACGAACACGAGGAGAACAUGCAUGACCACCAGUACCAUGCCAAGUACUAUGAGAACCGUACUGGGGAGCGAUUUGUCACUUUGGAUGCAAGAAUGAACUCCAUUGAAAUGGAGAUUGACACAAUCUCUUCCAGCAUUAAUGCAACAGUCAACCAUGUUCAAAGCAUGUACAAAUACAUCAACAUCGAGAGCUCCUCUUGCCAAUCCAGACUGGGCAGUCACACAGAGGAUUUACAGAACCUAAACAACACAGUCUUGCUUCUCCUUCACCUAGCUGACACUCUAAGAUUGCAGCACAUGAUGCUGAAUGAACGUCUCGAAAAUGAUGUAAGGAGUCUCUUUGAGGUGACGGAGGAGAUGAAGCUGGUAGACACCAGUCAUGCAGAACUGAUCCAAAACUUCACAAUUCUUAAAGGUUUACCUGGUCCACCAGGUCCAAAGGGAAACAGGGGAGAACCGGGAGCCAAAGGAUUCGGUGGUUUAAUUGGACUGAAAGGAGACAGGGGAAUUGCUGGGAAUCGUGGAUCUCAAGGACUCAAGGGCUCUAUGGGAAUUAAGGGCGAUCAAGGCUUGCUAGGAGUUUCUGGGAUGAAAGGUGGACCAGGACUUAAAGGAGAAAAGGGGUCUUUAGGGCAACCAGGACCUCGUGGUGAAAAGGGACAAAAGGGGGAUAUGGGGGUCUCUGGAAAAGAUGGAAUUCCGGGCCCAAAAGGACCAACAGGAAUCCGGGGUCAAGCUGGACUUCCAGGAGUACAUGGACCUUCAGGACCGGUAGGAAUAGCAGGUCCUGUGGGACCUCCAGGGCCGGCUGGACCACCUGGGCCACCAGGGGAGGCUGUUUAGAGGUCAUAAACUUAAAAGUACCCCAAAUGUUAAUACAUCCUUUCUGGAUAGAGUGAUGUCUUCUCUAGCAGUAGACAGUGGUAGAUGCUGACUUGGAAAUCUCCCUCUAAAGAAGAAGACGAUUGUGGGAACUCUGGUAUCUCAGAAGCCCACAUGUGCAAUCCCCAAACAUGGAACUUGCUCUGAAAAACAAUAUACUUUGUAUAUAACUUUGGAUUGACCUCAAUCAUGAUUCUUUUACCGAGCCACAUCACAACAGUCUUGUUUUAUUGAUGGUUGCAGAGCCAGGCUGCUUUGGAACUUUUUUUGCACUAGGUACCUUACAUUAGUCUUAAUCAUUAGCCAUAAUCAGCAUAUAAAGACAGAUGAACAAUGAGGCACAAGAGACUGUCCAUUAUUGUUCUUCAUAGUGUAUUUAGUAGUGCAAAACAUUUUCCAGUUUAUACGGACAUCAUCAUUUUUUUUAGAGGUUAUAUUUACAUCAUAAUCCCCUGGCAUUCAGAGCAGGUACUCUGGAAUAUGAUUUUUAUUAUGAGCUAAAGUAAAACAAAUUGUUUCCACUCAUCAGAGGCGAUCACUGUGUGACUAGUACUAGUGAACAUAAUUUUACAGUUGACAUUACAUAAUCCAAAGAAAUGAGCACUGUGAACUGUCUGCACAGACAAAUUUAUGCGUUCAUUGACAAUGAGCAAUGCAACAUUGUUUUAUUGUUCAUAUAGGUGUGAUUUAUAAAUUUGUAAAUAUAGAGUUUAACAGAA